UGCGCCCCUGUUCGGCGCCAAGGGCGUGUUCCAGGCCGCCGCCGUCGUGUACUGGGCGUACACCGGGUUCGACAUGGUCGCCACAUUGGCGGAGGAGACCAAGAAUCCGGCGAAGGACAUUCCGUUAGGCCUCAUCGGAUCAAUGUCCGCGAUUAUUAUCGUUUACACGGUAAUGGCGCUCGUUCUUGUAAUGAUGCAGAAAUAUUCGGACCUCGAUCCCAACGCGGCCUACUCCAUCGCUUUUGCCAGCGUCGGGAUGAAGUGGGCGAAGUACAUUGUCGCAUUUGGCGCAUUGAAGGGGAUGACCACAGAGAUCGCUGGUCGGCGCAUCGUGGACGCGCAAGCACGCGCUACACGACCGCAGAUCGCCCAGGGCGCACAUGAUCCCCCCUUUACUUCCCUGCCAUCAAAGACCGGAACUCCAAAAGUCUACCCGCCACGAUGCUCGUCACCCAAUUCUCCAGCGCCAUCCUCCCUUCUUCUCCCAGCUUGCAUGCUGGCUGCCAGCGAUGUUCAUCGAAUCAAGCACACUGCUUCAUCUUCAUGCUGCAUGCGCCGUCGCCCACUUCUAGUCAGGAGGCCGUCGCUGUCAAUCGCAACGAACUUGUUCCUUAUGGGGUCGCUUGGGUAUCAAGCUUAUGUAAGGUUUGCAAUAUGCACCGUGUUUAUGCUGGUGUAUUAUGUGUUUGUUGGAGUUCAUGCUACCUAUGAUAUGAUUCAGCAACGUAAAGAAGAGAAGGUGGAUGGUGUGAAUUUGGAAGAUGGAAAUAAAGAGCGGAGUUUUAGAGGUUAGAAUGAAGAUAGGCAGUUAUUUAUUCUAGAGAUAAAUUGUUCUAUGUUUUAGGGUUUAGAAAUUGUUGGGCAAAGAAGUGAAAUGUGCGUGGAUUUAUAUAUGCUUAGUUAAUAAUAAUGUCAAAUUGAUCA